AUGUGUAACGUGUACAGAGUUUCCUCCUCCGUCAGAGUGGAGCAGAUGGAGGCCGAGCUCUCACAUCAGCUCUCAGCACUGCGGGGACACAUUGAGGAGAGUGGAUUUACUUCAUACAGUUCUGUUCUGCCGCCGAAAGACGUCUCCUUCUUCCGUGCGGAGAGGGGACAUGCGCUGAGGAGGGGGCUUCAGGUGGCUGAAGCUUCUCCUGUUCAGUCUCAGGCUGAUGUGAUGCAGAGGGAGCUGGACAGUUGUCUCAGUCUGGAACACACAGCUGACAGUCUGCCUGCUCUCCUGCACCAGUUUUACGCUGACAGAUCAUAUCACUUGGCUCAGAUCAAAUAUCUGCUCAUGCUGAGAUGGAGGAGAUUUUGCCGCCACGCCAGCGUCAUUGAGAAGCUUUAUCCUCAUUACAAGGAUCAGGUGAGAUUUUUAAACAGCGAGUACGAGGACGCUGUUCAGAGAGCUCGCCGCCUGUCGGUGAGCAGAGAGACGAUCCUGACGGGACGAGGAAACCCUGCUCCCCUGCUCUCUCAGGACGACCUGCUCAUCUACCUCCGCUGGCUCGUGUGCCACCUGCACUCUGUUCACACCAUCCACAGCUUCCUCAGGCCUGUGAAAGGAAAGAAGAAGAAUUUCAGACAAGCGUCACGAAGGAGGAGGAAUCUUUACAUCAGGGGCAAGAUGCUGAGGGUGAGAGUCAAACCAGCAGUCGCCUGGAAAUCUACUGGAAAAAGCGUUUCAGGCCAAACAGGAAACUUCCUCCCGCUCUCUGUUCACCUGGACGACUUUCUACCUGAGCUUCAGUCUUUAAUCGACUACUUCCACCUGUCGUGUGAUGCCCGACAACUCAGGACGGCUGCAGACGAGAUGGAGUUGUUCAGCACGGUGUGGAGAGAGUUCAGGAGGAUCUUCAGUCGACAGGAGCAGAUGAAAACGUUUCCUCAGUACGACGGCACAGAGGUCAAAGGGAGUCAGUGGGGGAGGAAGAGUGCGAGCGCGGCUCUGAGGAAGGAGGCUAACUGGAUUCCUUUCAUUCAGGUGAAACCCCGUCGGGAUCCUUGGCGGCAGAAACUCGUCACAAAGCUGCAGGAGAAGAAAAGUGUGGACGAGCUGCUGAGGAUGCACUGCAGGUUUCUGCAGGUCCCAGAUCUGCUCCAAGUGUCAUCAGCUCUAAAAGACCACGCCGCUCACGUCUGUGACUCACACCUCACACCGAGCUCGUGCGUCUCACACAGCAGCAAAACAAAACGACAGAAAAUCUCAGAGACGUGGACGAGUGUUUACAAAGCUGCAGGUUUAACUCAGGCAUGUAUCAUCCGGUUUUCUGCUCAGAGAAACGAUGUCUUCAUUGUCCUCAGCGCUGUCGACUGA